AUGGCCCACCACCGGUCAGCCCCCGGUUCCCUCAUCCAGCCUGGCCCACCCCUCACCGGUCGGCCCCCGGGGCCCACGCCCGGCCCCGCCCUACCACCAGCGGUCGGCCCCCGGGGCCCUCGUCCAGCCCGGCCAGCCCAGCACCGGUCGUCCCCCGGGGCCCUCAUCGGGCCCGGCCCACCCACCACCAAUCGGCCCCCAAGGCCCUUGCCCGGCCCCGUUCUACGACCACCGGUCAGCCCCUGGGACCCUCGUAAGGCCCAGUCCGCCCACCACCGGUCGGCCCCCGGGGCCCUCGCCCAGCCCCGCCCGCCCACCACCGGUCGGCCCCCAAGGCCCUCGCCUGGCCCGGCCCACUCAACACCGGUCGGCCCCCGGGGCCCUCGCCCGGCCCCAUCCUAUGACCACCGGUCGGGCCCUGGGACCCUAGUCAGGCCCAGCCCGGCCACCACCGGUCGGCCGCCGAGGCCCUUGCCCGGCCCCGACAUACCACCACCGGUCGGCUCCCAAAGCCCUCAUCCCGCCCGGUCCGCCCACAACCCAUCGACCCCCGUGGCCCUCACCUGGCCCUGCCCUAAAACCACAGGUCGGUCCCCGGGGCCCUCAUCAAACCCGGCCAGCCCUCCACCGGUCGGCCCCCAGGGCCCUCGCCUGGCCCUGCCCUACAACCACCGGUCGGCCCCCAGAGCCCUCAUCAGGCUCGGCCCGCCCACCACUGGUCGGCCCCCCUGGCCCUCGCCCAGCCCGGACUGCCAACCACCCAUCGGCCCUCGGGGCCCUUGUCAGACCCGGCCCACCCACCACCGGGCCCUAGUCCGGUCUGGCCUACCCACAAGCGGUCGGCCCCCGGGGCCCUCGUCCAGCCCUGCCCUCCCACCAGCGGUCGGCCCCCGGGGCCCUCGCCUGGCUCAUCCCGCCCACCACCAGUCGGCCCCCAAGGACCUUGUCCGACCCAGCCCGCUUACCACCGGUAAGCCCCUGGGGCCCUCGCCCGGCCCGGCCAGCCCACCACCCGUCGGCUACCGGGGCCCUCAUCAGGCCCGGCCCACCAACCACCCAUCAACCCCCAAUGCCCUUGUCACGCCCGGCCCACCAACAACCCAUCGGCCCCGGAGGCCCUUGCCUGCCUCCGCCCUCCCACCACCAGUCGGACCCCAGGGCCCUCGCCCGGUCCGGCCAGCCCACCACCGGGUGGCCCACGGGACCCUCGUCCGGCCCUACACGCCCACCACCAUUCAGCCCCCACGGCCUACGCCCGGCCGGCAUGCCAACCACCGGUCAGCCGCCGGAGCCCUUGCCCGGCCCGGUUCGCCCACCACCAGUCGGCUCCCGGGGUCCUCGCCCGGCCUGACCCACCCACCACCGCUCGGCCCUCGGGGCACUCGCCUGGCCCGGCUCGCCUACCACCAGUUGGCUCCCGGGGCCCUCGCCUGGCUCAGCCCGCCCACCAAUGGUCGACCCCCAGAGCCCUCAUCAGGCCCGGCCCGGCCAUGA